GAUGUUGUUUUAGUUUCAAGAUGUCGGACGAUACGUCUAUGCCGGAUGAACAUAUUACUCAGUGGUGUAAUGGGAACUAUGAAUUGAUGCAUAGCUGCUUACAGCAGCUGCGUGUUGCUGGUAAACAACGCAAAACAGGUGCUAGGGACGACGCUACUACUGUAUCCACUGGUGGUUUUUGGUCACGUUUCUGGAAUUCUUCACGAUCGGCGGAUAAAAACCAGAAUAACUCUGAAGGCGUUAGAGUACCGGGAUACACAUCUGAUUCACGCACAGGUGAUGGAUGUAACACCUUGGGUAGCUCUCGGGUACGCGAGACAGGCUCUUAUCCCUCUAAUCCAUCUGAAGAUCAUAUAACUGACGAUGCUCUGAAUAAUCUUCGCAAAUGUGUCAUCAGCGGUUUCCAUCAGUAUCCAUUUCAUCGUCCUCACCUUGUUCCUCGUCGUCGGCCUUAUGUUGGCAUCGAUUCACUUCGAAGUUACGUUCGUAAGAAGUACUCUGAUCUUGAGAGGAGCCUUGAUCAGAUAGAAUCGUUCAGUACAAUUGUGAACAUUGACCAAUAUUUAUGUUGCGAAUUGUUGUAUGAGGGUAUCUGUUAUUACGGUGAUGAAAGCCAAAGCAUGUCGGAGUUUCGUAUAAUUGAGGGCAUGUUGCACGCGCAAUCUGGUUACCAACUGAAGUGCCUCUUAUCAUUAUUUAGUUUUUUAAAUAAUGAUAAUGAUUUAUAUGAGGGCUCAAUUUCUGUUAAUGAGGUCUUUCCUGAAAGUUACACUAUUUUACAACAGCUUUUUCGUAAGGGUUUAGUUCGUAAUGCCUCUUUCUUAUUGUUAUCCGCUACUAAGGAAGCCUGUAGAUACAAAAAUAUGUUAUCUGGUGACAUGUCUUCGGUGAUGAAGGACUUUUACACUCACACUCUGGAUUUGAUAAAUGGGCUGUUAACGUUGCUUGAGACCUGUUUCGUGUAUUUCCACCCGACUAAGGAAGACAUACGGUGCCUGAUUAUGUUGUUACCUCAUGUUUUUGAUGUUACAAGUUUACUUGGGAUAUCAGACUAUGGUUUUGGAUUAUCUUCCUUAUUUGAUGGUUUAUCUGACGGUUCUUCUUGGUAUCCCGACUCAAAAAUGAUGACCUCGCUUUGCAUUGGCAUUCGUGAAUUUGAUGACAUAACCAACUAUGCUUGCAACAUGGGUAGUAGGUUAUCUUUCAUUGUUAUACUAUCGUUAUGCCCACGCAUUUAUCGUUUAUCUACUACUGACGGCACCGAUUCCCCAGAGGCUACUCUGUUGGCUGAUACUGAAUUCAUUGAUCGUUUUAAAUCUACGAAGAAUCCUUUCAAUGCGACUGCAGGCUCCACCUUCACGCUCGAGUUGUUUAUCAUGUCUUUAUAUUGCAACGAUACUGAGCGAGCUAUAAAGUGCAUAGAUUCCGGCGCCUUUUGUGAGAUUAUCGAGCUUUUGAUAGACAAGACUAUUGUUUCGGAGCGCGCUACCGUCUUGAGGAUCUUGGAACUGCUAUUGGUAAAGUUCCUUUAUACGAACAACUCCUUGGCUAAGCUUUGGUAUGACCUUUUAGAUUUUGAGGUACUAUGCAAACACAACAGUGAAGAGCGUGCCCGAUUACCCUUUACUGGUACCAUUGACGACCGCAUAUAUCGAUCUCCCGGGCGCACAUUGAUUGAGUUGUUUACUUUGUUGACCAGGUUGGAUACUGAUGGUAACAAGCAGUAUGCCUUUCAAAUUUGGAAGAGCUGUACCGAAUCAUAUCGCUCAUUGAUUCCCAAUAUAAAUUGCCAGGUCUACAAUCCGCGUUUCAAGAAUGAACUUUACAUUUGUGCUGAGUCCAGUAAGGUUGACAAGAAGGUAGCUGAUCGUUUGUUAUUACCCAGUGACGGUUUCAGCUGGUGGGAUCGCAACAGUGCAUUGUUGGAGCUGGUUGCUUUGGCUGCUGGUGACCAGAACUUCUAUGUUGAGACUUACCCGCACUUGCUAACAACUCUGCUUGACUUCGGUCUUUAUUUAUGUGACUUGAACUUUGAGGAUGGGCUUGGUGGUCCUUUGGUGGCUUCCUUUUUGAACGUUGGCGCUUCACGUGAGCUGAGGUUUCCUUUUAUUCUUGAGCGUCUCAUUUCACAGAUUGGCAGUUUAACUAAGGGUUCCUAUGACACCUUGCCUAGGUUUAUAUACGAGCGUCUUUUGGCACGUGACGAUCAGAUUGAGACUGCUGAGGCUGCUUUGAUGAUUGCUUCUAGUAUUCAGUCACCUCCUCCUCAGCAGGGUCUCAGUGUUGGCAGUUGCCUUCGUCGUAUGUACACGUUCCCGCUGAUUAGCGGGAUUGCGGAGGUCAAGAUAGCCUUGAGUACUUUGGGUCUUGGUGGUCGCUGUCCUUUUGGUUUGAUUGAAACCUCGAUUGCUACAUUCAGGUUAAUAUCUAGAUGCGACCGUAUUCCAGCAUCUUUAUCACAUGGGUCUUCUGCUGAAGUCCAUUUGGAUGUGAACAUCCAUCACAAUAUUGGCGAUGGUGAGCAUGAGUUUUUGAAUUCUGUCUUUAGCAUUUUAUCUCGUAGUCAUAUAGAAGGCCUCGAGCUGGUAACUUCAUCAGUUCUAUCCAGUUUAUGUUCCAAUCACAUUAAGGACUCUAAAACUGCGACAUCAGCGCUGAUUAGGUUAUCUGAGAUCCUCCAUGAUUCCAAGGGCACCGCUCAGGGUUUUGUGCCCAAUGGGUACCGUCUUUCUGUAGAGGAGCUUCACGCUUAUAUAAAAUGCGUCCGGGUCCUGUUUGUCUAUAUACCCAGAGACGAGCGUUACAGGCACAGCGGCGUUGACUGGCUCCAACGUUUUGUGGAAUUCGCCACUUGGAUACUAGACACUCACUGUUUCCGCAACGAAUGUGUCCAUUGGGGCUUGAUUGAAGACGUUUUUAACUUUUUGCAUGAAGUGAUUCAAGGUCCCUUUCGUGACAGGCGAGACACAACCAAGGCCAGCCAAUAUUUGCUUGAGCAGUUUUUACAGCCUGCGAGUACGAUUAGUGUUUCUCUCGUACGUGCUGCUUGGGAGUCUAAGAUUUCAUCUGCUAUUUCCAUUGUUUGUAUACUAUUCAAGCGUGACGUUUUGUUACUCCUAUGUCAUCGUGCCGCUAUGUUUAUCUCGACUAAUCUAGACGGGGGCAUUUGCCCGAGUUGUCAUUUACCUUUCUAUAAGGACCGUGACACUACCACUCCACGUGAUCAGGGUCAUAUGGACAUUGAUACACCUUCAGGACCGUUGAAUUGGUGGUCUAACAAGAUUCGGAAGCUCAAUAACAUGUUUUCCUCUAUUCCCUCAUACACACCUCGGACGGUUGAGGACACUUGUGAAUGCUUGCAGUUAGUUGUGGAAUCCUCAUCGCUUCUUAUGGCACAUGACUGUAUUGUCGAGGCCAUAUCUACUUUACGUUCCAAGGGUGACCAUUGUGUGGAUGUGAUUAGUCACUGUGAUUUUAUAUCAUGCUUCGGUUCAUCUUUAUCCGACGAACUUCGUAUGAAGUGUGUUUAUUUACUUUUACAACUUCAGGAACGCAUCGGCAUUGACUCACUCUUAGUUGCUAACAAGCUUGUUAAGGACCUCCAUGUCUACUACAGCUUACCACAUCCCAGUGAGGAGUUUUCCAACUUUGUGGUUUAUUCCACUAUGGAGGCUGACGACUUGAUACUUUACAACAAGGUAUCUGCUGUGGUAUCUCACUUUAAUCGCAUGGACGCUUUUGAGCGUAAGUACUACUGCAUGAGCAAUUUAUCAGAUCUCCAUCGUUGUGGUUUGGACAAUUUGGUUUUAUUUUUACUUAAUCAAUGCUCACUGAAACUACCUCAUUCAAGGUCUGACACCACAUUUGCUCAUCAGUUGCUGGGUUCUGACAGGCAGCUGGUAUCACUUAUAAAGUUGGCAUCUGGCGGUGGUGAUACUUGGCAUUUUUACGACUGGCGUCGUAUGGAUGCUCUUUCAAGUCUCAUUUCAUUUUCCAAGGCUUCACCACACGUAUUAGGGCUUAUAUGGCGUCAUUGGCCAAGUAUAGAGGAUGACGCUAGGAAGUUUGACUUCACGAACUUAUCUUACCAAUCGUAUGUAAUGCAGUGUCAGCGCUUAUGUUACGUGUUACAGCUAUUGGAGUUGAUGGCCACCACUUCGUCUGGACUACCUGUUUCUGGCGACCCAUCUCACCUUUUGAAGAUCUACCAUCGUUUGGUGUCCACCAUGUGCGAUAUGACUGGCACUUUACGUGGUGAUUUAGAUUCGUUGCUUGAAGGACAUUUUGGGACUAGUGAACACCUUGACAUUAAAGGCUUUGUAAGUAUGUGGCGACACGCUUCAUUCCAGUCAAACGUCUGCCUGUCAUUUGACCUACAGCUGGGCACAAAGUUGUUCAACCCUCAAUCUUGUGAUCGUUUGUCCAAGGGUAUGAGCCAUUAUGCGCAACGUGUGAACUUGUACAACUUGGUAUUUUCCUCUUCCACAACUUUGAUUACAUGCUUCUUGAAAUUCUUAUCUCGCUGCACCGGUUUCAACAUAUCGUCUCUUGCGGAAAAGUCGCGCAGUUGGUUGGAGUUUGCAUCUGCUGAAUUCAACCCUGAUGAGAAAAGUGAAAUAAGGCUUGCUCUUCAGAUUGCUUUAAUAAAGGCGUUAGGUCAUGUGUGGAUAAGCAGCAAUGUUGACCUUCAUGGCAACAAUUCGGUAUUAUCGAUAUCGAUUGUACUGAAAUUGUUAUCGUUUAUACUAUCUUGUGAGACCAGUUCUCAGCUGCGUAGCAAAGUAUACGCUUGCGUGAACUUGUUUCUUACUAAUCCAUUGAAGUUCAAUGGCCCAAGCCUAUCGGAGCUUGUGGUAGCUCAUUUACUAAGUCAGUCUACGGAUUUGAAUACAAUUUCCAGGACGCAUGAUCGCACUACACUAUUGCAGCUUUUAUGGUCUGACGCGACCAGUAAUUGCGAUUCAGAGGGUAGGUGUCCUGAGUCUUGUGACUACAAGGGCACUCUAGACGUGGACACGUUCCACACUGAGCAAGAGAACGGUUUUGCAUCUCAGGCACCUGUCUUACUAGGCAAAAGCAGGAGUGGCAAUGCCCUGUCCAACUACACUUUCCAGGGCAUUCGUCGUGUUUUAGUGGGUCAGGACUACGGCUCACUUGAAGUGGGAUCCUUUGAUGUUGAGUUACGCCAACUUAUAUCCAUGGAGCGCUUUCACAGUAACGAGAUGUUUUUUAUCGCAAUAGAUUCCGGGUUACUGAUUGACUAUCGGGUUGAAGCGCUAUCGCUUUUGCAUUUGAUUUUGAGUGCUUUGUCUAAGUUUGACGCCGGUUCCAUUGAAUAUGAGUUGGGCACUGUGAGUUACGGUUCUCUUGGUACGGUAAGUACCAUGGCUGUUUCAUCGUUGCUACAACAGCGGUUGUUGAUGUUCAAGCGGUGCAAACAAUGCUUGUUACAUUCUGUUUGUUGUCCCUUAUGUCUCCAGCUGUUUUGUGGAACAGCUCGCGUUUUGAAGGCUGCCAGUGGUUUACAGCAGUUUUUAGCCUUUUGGUUCCACAUACAGCCAACUUCCGCUGAUACUUGUUUAGUCGACCAGUUUCUAUCAUGUGACUUACUCCUUGGUUUCCGGGAUAGUGACAAACUGCCUAUUGAUCUAUUCCAUCCAUUUAUUUGUACUGUUGAAAAUUUACUUUCUAUGCCUUCUGUCAAGAGUAGGAACGCUUUGAUCAAGUGGUUGAAUCGUCAUUCAGAGCUCAUUGGUUGUUGCAUGUCUAUAAAGCAAUCUCGUGUAUUAUCUGAGGUUGACAUUUGCUUAUCAUCUAGUUUACUUCGCAUAUACCGCGUCUGUGUUCUUUGGCUACUUGCUGAAUACCGUCGUGGUUCAUUUAAAUCUGAAUCUUUGUCAAAUUUCAGUUUAAUCCUUGCGGACUUGCAAUGCAAAUUUCCUUUGGCAAUGACCAUGCCUCGUGCAGUUCCUGCGCUUUUGGAUCUCUUAACCAGUGACUUAUCCACUGCGAGUGAUUCUUGUUGGCAAUGUAUUUUAUUGGGUUUACAAACCAUGUUUCCUGAACUCGGUGCUUUUGAAUCUGAUCUUGACUUUUCAGGUCAAGCUCCCAUAAAGGCAUUGGCCAUUGAGAAGGCAUCUACGGUAUCCACGGCAUUGGUUCGCUGUGGUACCAGUUUGGUAUCGUUCAUCAGUCACUUGAACAUGAUGGAGCCUGGUUUACGGCGUAAGUCUUUAGGUCGUCUUGCGUUACGUAUCGCAACUGUUGAAUGCGCAUCUAUGCUUUUGGAAUAUAUCUUGGCUUUGAUUGUUACCAAAGGAUCGUUAUCUGACGCUCCUCCUAUUAUGUUAGGUUUAUCCUCAACACCGGGUGCCGUUAAUGAUGCCAAGAAUGGGUGUUCAACUGAUAUGGGUGUCAGUUCAUCUUCUGUACUUGUUCCUAAACUUCGCAAGCUGGUUGACUUAUCUAAGGUUGAGUCUUUACUGGAUAACAUAUCUCGUUUAUGUGGUAUGAAUGGUAUUAAUUUAAAUGAUGCCUAUUCAUCACGUCGCAAGCAAAUUUUUGGCGAGCCUGUAUUGGAGUACUUGGCUCCGUAUGACCUUGAGCAUGUGCCUUCUUUUGGCAACGUGCAGCAGUACAGUUACUCAUUCACUGCUUUAUAUGGUCUCUUGCUAUCUAGUAUUUGCAACCUUUCUGUUGUUCUUGAGCAAUACUAUGGUUGUAGAUUCACGUCACCCUUAUUAUCUCGGGAGUCACUACCCUAACUGUCUUGUUGCGUUAAUUA